GAGCGUUCUCCCCAAGUAGGUGCCGAAUACACGUAGUCCAUCGAGCUGAGGGAAACACUGGCUGGAUUUUGAAUAACAAUCUUAUCCCCCUGCUUGUCCUUUAGCGGGCCUCGCCCAACAGAUUUUCGUCAAACGCUGCGCCAUCAUCGACCAAUUGCGGGGCGGCAUUUUCUCACCCCGCGGUCCAUCAGCGGUUUUUAAGCUGAUGCAAUCCAGCGAUUUUCUCCCUACAACCAAAGCACUCUUCUCCACUGAACUCAUCCUCUAAUACUUCAAUUGUUAGUCAAAAUGAAGGCCUACUGGUAUGACAACAAGCCGGGUGACCAGCGCGAGCCCCACGACUCGGGCCGUCCGGUCUCAGAAGAUUACCUUGCUUCCCUCGGCGUCAUCUAUCACCAUCUCCCGGAAAUCGCCGACGUCGAUGUGCUUGCUAAGGAACGCGGCUACAAGAACCGCGACGAGAUCGUCGUUGCACCCGCUACAAUGGGCGAGGCGUACGAGUCCAAAGUGAAGAUGUUCUUCGCUGAGCAUCUCCACGAGGAUGAGGAGAUCCGGUACAUCCGUGAUGGAGAGGGAUAUUUUGACGUCCGUGGGAAGGAGGACGAGUGGGUGCGGAUCAGGCUGGUGAAGGAUGACCUGAUUAUCCUCCCCGCUGGCAUCUACCACCGUUUCACGACGGAUGAUAAGAACUAUAUCAAGGCGAUGCGCCUCUUCCAGGAGGAGCCUAAGUGGACUCCUCUGAACCGUGGGCCAGAACUCGAUGGCAAUCAGCAUCGUAAGGCAUAUGUUGAGAGUUACAACGUCCCUACUGUUGCUGCCAAUUAGGAGGCUGUUGAAAUCUGGGUUGUUUAAUGGUGCCUAAACCACGAUAUCGGUUAAGCAACUGUAAAUCAUGACAUAAUGAAUAUGAAUCUAUAUUUCUUAUUAUUA